AAACCGACCUAGCGCGGAUUGUGAUCUGAGAUUAACUUCUCUCGGUCGCAUUCUUCGACGCCGACUUUUCCAUAAGAAAAAUAAGAAAAAAAAAACGAACCUAAGCGAGUAUUUGUUUUCAAAUAUUUUAGCCUUCGAGACCACACGUAUGUGCGUGCGUUCGUUUUGUGUGCAUGUGUCAAUUUGCAAUCGAAUGCAAGAAAGAUAUAGUUACGAUAAGAAAUUUUUUUUCCGUUGACACUCACUGUAGGAAUAACGAAGGAGGAAAAAAUUGAUUGCCAGAACUACUUCAGGAGUGUAGCUACAACGGCUGAGUUCGGCGAUCUGGCGCUGCUGGCCAACGCUGUGGCCAUGAAAGGCGAAGAAGACGGAACCAUGGCCGCCCUGGCGCCACUGGUGCCCACGGAAGAUGUCCCCGCGCCGCCCAUCACCGAGGUGAAUAGCGACCCUUCUACCGGGAACACCGCCCCGGCGGUCAACAGCGAAAAGACUUCGAGCGGCGGCAAGAGAGGCGGCGCCCGUCGGCAGGAAAAGCCGCCCUACUCCUACAUAGCCUUGAUUGUGAUGGCCAUUCAGAGCUCCCCGCAGAGGAGGCUGACUCUGUCGGAAAUCUACCAGUUCUUGCAGCAGCGCUUCGCCUUCUUCAGGGGCUCUUACACCGGAUGGAAGAACUCCGUCAGGCACAACCUGUCGCUCAACGAGUGCUUCAUCAAGCUUCCCAAGUCGAUGGGGCGUCCCGGUAAAGGACACUACUGGGCCAUAGAUCCUACGGCAGAGCUGAUGUUCGAAGAAGGCUCCUUCCGACGCCGACCAAGAGGGUUCCGCCGGAAAGUGCAGGCCAUGAAGCCCUACCCGCUUUACCAAGGGCCAGCGCCCAGUUUACCGACCCCUUAUGAUGUCUGCGGCACUCAGCUUCCACCUGCGACACAGUAUGCCCAGUACCCAUCAUACCAGGAUUACACAACAGGAUACCCACAAGUACCGACUUCCUACGGCGGUAAUAUGUACGGGGCAUCGUCUUGCUUGCCCUCCUACAGCGGCGGUGGAGGAGGAACGGUCGCAGAAUACCCACCAACGUCUCCCGGUGUUUAUACGAGUAUGACGCCAGCGGCGCCUCUGCCGCCCAUGGGCGCUCUUGCCGAUAGGGAUAUGUGGUCUGCUCUCACACCCAACACAACACCCACCCUCACGCCCACGGCCGGUUACGUUAAACAGAGCAACAGCCCCUCAGGUUCGCCCGGUCCUCUAACGCCCCCUGGGAGUGAGGGCGUGAGUGGCUACAUGAGCAUCACAAGUCAGGAACACCACGCGACGUCCCUCCACGCCCACAGCCUCACGAACACCACCACCCACGCCUCCUACCAAACCUCACACCUUCAUCACCAUCACCACCACCACCAUCAUGAUUUGCCUCCUUUGCACGGCAUGCGAGCCAUGAGCCAACAACAGCAAUCUCAGCAACACCCACAACAACAACAGCAGCAGCAGCAACAACAACAGUCCCAGCCGCAGCUUCAGCAAGCGCAGCAGCAGCAGCAGCAGCAGCAGCAACAAGCUCAGCAACAGCUGAGUUCUUCAUCUGUCGUCUCGAACCCCUACGACAAGAGAAUGUGGACUCCGCCCUCAACCAUGCCAGGGGGAGGAGCUCUUACCCCUACUCAGUCGAUCAUUGGUGGAUCACUCUGCCCUUCCCCCACUCAUAUCUUGCCUCAUCAUCACCAAGCCACGCCCACACCGGCACCAGCUCCGCCCAAUUAUUAUGACUCGAUCAAAUAUUCAAUGUAAAAUGUCCUUGUCCUAGUUACACAAAAUAAAGAAAUGUUUGUUUUUUACUUUAUUUUCUACGUUGUCAUUUAUUUUGCUAGUUUUGCAAGAUUGUUGACGUGUGUUGAAACUUGUGUAAAUAGCUGUAGGUUAGUGGUAAAAUUUUCUAAAAAAAAAAAAUUGUUUCGAUUCUAGAAUAUUAGUACUGUUUUUUUUUCUCUCUCUCAAGGUACAGUUUUGCUCAAAAAAGAAGAAACUGUUCAGAAGUGGCAUUUAUAUAUUUCCUUGGCCACUAAGAAACUACAUGAAUUUUCAGCUUUUAUUUUUUCAGAUAUUGAUUGUUUUUACAGGUGUUAACAGACAUGAAUCUUUGGAAUAGUAAGUUGGUAAUAAUAAUAAUAAUAAAAAAAAAACAGAAUCUCUGAACGGAGAAACAGCAUGAAAGAUGCCUUCCUUUCUGAACAGUUUCAAAGUCAUGAGGCAAAACGCGCACCUGGAUGGCUGUUGUUCCUAUAAUGUUCUAUGGACCGACACCAAGUUUAUCAAUUGCGUCCUGUAGCACUGUUGGUAAUCCUUGCUGGGAGCAGUGCAAUAUGGCGAACCUCUCCCGAAAGAGAGAAAGGUCUUUGGGUGAGUUGUCGGGAAAAUGGGAUUCUUUCAAUACUGUUUGGUCGCCCUCCACAACAUUCAUAUUAUCACAGUUACCUCAGAAUCUUGCUCUUUGAUCACAAUAGCACAGUUGCUUGUCUAGGAUGGAAGAAAUAAACUCAUCGUACAAAGUCAUCUGCAGUUAGUUGCAAUGAAGCGAGUCUUCUACGUUGUUCUCAACACUGAAGUAAGACUUACCAACUUUCUUGCGUUGUUUAUCUUAACUUUGAAUAGAAUCUUUUUUUUUCUGCUGUUAUAUCUUCAAUUUCUGAUGAACACUGAUGAAAAUGCAGCUAGUCGUCCAAAGAUGCAAACGGCAGUUUAGAUUUCUCUGACCUAAGCUGCCGAAGGGGUACCUACUCUCUGAAGAACAGUGGAAAUGUCAAAAAGAGCAAAAAUGUUCCUUUUGUACCCUUGUUAGAUAUCUGACGUAGUAUAUUGUUGCAUUUAAGAAACAACUGUAUUUUUAUAUUGUUUUUAUUAUUGUAGGAAAGCAAAUGCUGUUUACUUUGAAUAAUGUAAGGUGUUAAGAUACAAACUGGUACCAUGCUUGGUGAAUAGUACCUGUGUUGUGAAUUUCGCAAGAGCUCUCAAGGAGUUUGAGCAACAGACAAGUUCCUAGAUGAUUUCCUUCUUCGGGUCAGUAUAAGUAAAAUAUAAAAUUUUGAUAGGAGAAAUUAUUAUUAUUAUUAUUAUUAUUAUUAUUAUUAUUAUUAUUAUUAUUAUUAUUAUUAUUAUUAUUAUUAUUAUUAUUCAAAAGUGAAACCUUAUUCAUAUAGAACAAGCCUUUGGGGGCCGCUGACAUGAAAUUCAAGCUCCCAAAGAGUUUUCCAGAGAAUCAUAUAAGAGACAUACAUGCAUGUAAAUGCUACUUAACCUACCUAACCUAAGAGCAUGUACUUACCACUCCUCUAAAUUCAAUUUGAUUAAAUAAGAUUAGCUUAUUGUUUCUCUACACAACCGAAGAACAUGCUAUGUACAUUAAUCCUUAUCAAUAGUACCUUAUUGAAAAAGAACAACAUCUACCCUAAUAAUCAAAUAGAAGGGUUUGAAAUUGUAAAAACUGAAGAUGAUUUACCUCAAAAACAAUUGGAUGGUUAAUUACAUCAAAAUAUCUCCACAUUUCAUGAAUGCUCAGUCUCCUAGAGUUUCUUGCUCGUCUUGAUUUUUUUUAUCUAUUUAUUUCUUCGAGGGAAAAAUGACCACAUCUCAUCACUCUAUAGUGGCAAAAUAAUUACAAUCAAAAGUGAGUCAAUUCUGAAAUGUUUCUUUAUGAAAGACAAAAUAUAGUUAUUAAAGACGACUAAGUAUUAAUUAUCAGGAUCAUUAUUUUUCAAACAUAUUUCGUCAAAACAUUCAGUUGUAACCAUUGGAUUUUUUUUGUGUGGAUAAAAGAAUACAGUUUCACAGAGUAAAUUUUUGAUACAUGAUUACAACUAUAUGGUCAUUUGCAUAAAGAUACGCAGUUCUUAGGGAUAAGCAUUUUUGUCUUAAACUGAAAUGAUCACCUGAUAUUGCUGUCAAGAAAAAUCAGGUUUUUUUGAAGAGCCUUCAGAUUUCUUAUUUCAAAACCUAAUACGAAUUAAAUAUACAAAAAUAUAUUUGCUUUUGUUCUGAGGCUCAUCUCUGCAUAAAUUUUACAUUUGCAUCUUUGGCUACAUAAAAAUGCUUAGCGCAUCUUCAUGUAGAGAAAGGUUCGAAGUGCUAUAGACUGUAAAUGAAUCUCGUUAUCUUACUUUAGUACUGAGGCUGGCACCUUUAUGUUACCGAUAACACGACUUGCCAACUUCACUCUAAGGUGUUGUUUCUGAGUGUAACUGGGUAGCAAUGUUACGUUACGGAAUGCAUGACGUGAAGGUACAAUGUAUCUCGUGGCUGUUAACAAUUGAAGAACGAGAGAUGAGACAUUCUCUCGAUUUCUCAGCUUCAAAGAGAAACAGAGAGAACAGACUUGAAGAUCAGAGUCCGCAAAGUCUGUGUCUCUCUUUUUUAUUUGCAUCGCGCUGUAUGGAAGGGCGUUGUGUGGAUCUGUAGGCUACUGAUCAAGAGAAAUCUGGCUUCCUUGCUUCGUUACGCCGACCGCAACCCCAACCAAACCAUGCACCGAGGUUGGAGGCGAUCGGUCGACUCGACUCGUGAGAUGAUCGCCUUACGGGAUCUCUCAACCUGUCAGAUUCUAACCGUUUUCUAUAUCUCUCUCAUUCGCUGACGAGGCAAGGAAGCGUGUGUAUAGAUAUUAAGUUAUUACUUUAUUUGUUGGGUUUCAUUCGAAUCAGAUGUUAAGAUAUUAUGUUCUAUUCACUCAGCAAGAGGUUGUAAACACUCCAUACUCUUCAUGACUUCAGAACGGGAAAUAGGUUUGUUUAGGAUAUCUUGUUAGCCUUGUUAAGUGAGCCAUUGGAGCCAUUGGAAUAACAGACAUGACAGCAAUUCUCUCUCUUUGUGAAGUCCUUUUGAACGGAUACUUUCCAAUUAUGUAAGGAGUUUAUCUGCAAACAAAAUUUCCCUUUAAACACGUUUCUAGACGUACUUUGUCUAUAAUUUUGCCUAGUACUUGUAAUUUCAAUGGCAGACUAAUUAUCAAACUUUAAAAGAAGACAAAUACUCGCAAAGGUUCAAACAAUGUUUAUGAAUAUCAAAUAAAAAUAUAAAAAACAAAUAAAAUAUUGAAUAAAG